CGGCCGACGAGGCCGGGGCGCAGCGCUUCGCGUGGAGCUACAACUCGAGCGCCGAGCAGGUGCUGUUCCAGAGCACGGCAGCCAGCUGGGCGCACGAUACCAACAUCACUGAGGAGAAUGCGCGGCGCCAGACUGGCUGUGGUUCCCUCGCACGGGCUGGGCACGUGAUCCGUGCCCAACACGGACACUGAAUGGACGAGGCUGACUCCUCCGAGGCUGAGUCCCCCCGGGUGGCGGCGCCCACGGCUCGGGGCUGGGCAGCGACAGUUUUCACAGAGGGCUCCCCGCUCUGCUCUGGAGUCCUCCUCUUCAGGCAGCCGCUUAACUACCUCCAGAAGGGGUCACCUUGCCAUCAUCCCACCUCCCUUCUGGUCCCAUUUCUGCCCCAUAGCUUCCCCGGAGCCAGAUUCCUGAGCUGUUCAUCCUCCCUCUCCUCCUGGUACCCGCAGGAGGAAGCAGCCCUGCUCAGCCAAGAGUUUGCGGAGGCCUGGGGCCAGACGGCUAAGGAACUGUAUGAGCCAGUCUGGCAGAACUUCACUGACCCAGAGCUUCGCAGGGUUAUUGGAGCAGUGCGCACCCUGGGUCCUGCCAACCUGCCCCUGGCCAAGCGGCAGCAGUACAACUCUCUGCUGAGCAACAUGAGCAGGAUCUACUCCACAGGCAAGGUCUGCUUCCCCAACAAGACUGCCACCUGCUGGUCCCUGGACCCAGAGCUCACCAACAUUUUGGCUUCUUCAAGAAACUAUGCCAUGCUGCUGUUUUCCUGGGAGGGCUGGCACAAUGCUGUGGGCAUCCCGCUGAAACCCCUGUACCAGGACUUCACUACCCUCAGCAAUGAGGCCUACAAACAGGAUGGCUUCUCAGACACAGGGGCUUAUUGGCGUUCAUGGUACGACUCACCAACCUUUGAGAAAGACCUGGAGCACCUCUACCACCAAUUAGAGCCCCUCUACCUGAACCUCCAUGCCUAUGUCCGCCGUGCACUACACCGCCACUAUGGGGACAAGUAUAUCAACCUCAGGGGGCCAAUCCCUGCCCACCUUCUGGGAAACAUGUGGGCACAGAGCUGGGAGAACCUCUACAACAUGGUGGUACCUUUCCCAGACAAGCCCAACCUCGACGUCACCAGUGCUAUGGUGGAGAAGGGCUGGAAUGCUACACACAUGUUCCGGGUGGCAGAGGAGUUCUUCACCUCCCUGGGGCUCUCACCUAUGCCUCCUGAGUUUUGGGCAGAGUCGAUGCUGGAGAAGCCAUCUGACGGGCGGGAGGUGGUGUGCCACGCCUCAGCCUGGGACUUCUACAACAGGAAGGACUUCAGGAUCAAGCAGUGCACAAGGGUCACAAUGGACCAGCUCUUCACAGUCCACCACGAAAUGGGCCACGUGCAGUACUACCUACAGUACAAGGACCUGCCCGUGUCCCUGCGCAGAGGUGCCAACCCUGGCUUCCACGAGGCCAUCGGGGAUGUGCUGGCACUCUCAGUCUCCACUCCUGCACAUCUGCACAAAAUUGGCCUGCUGGACCAUGUCACCAAUGACUCAGAAAGUGACAUCAAUUACUUGCUAAAGAUGGCCCUGGAAAAAAUUGCCUUCCUGCCCUUUGGCUACUUGGUGGACCAGUGGCGUUGGGAGGUCUUCAGUGGGCGUACUCCCCCUUCACGAUACAACUUUGACUGGUGGUAUCUUCGAACCAAGUAUCAGGGGAUCUGUCCUCCAGUGGUCCGAAAUGAAACCCACUUUGAUGCUGGAGCUAAAUUUCAUGUCCCCAGUGUGACACCAUACAUCAGGUACUUUGUGAGCUUUGUCCUGCAGUUCCAGUUUCACCAAGCCCUGUGCAAGGAGGCAGGCCACCAGGGACCGCUGCACCAAUGUGACAUCUACCAGUCUUCCCAGGCAGGGGCCAAGCUUCGGGAGGUGCUGCAGGCAGGCUGCUCCAGGCCCUGGCAGGAGGUGCUGAAGGACCUGGUGGGCUCAGAUGCCUUGGAUGCUCAGCCACUGCUCAAUUACUUCCAGCCAGUCAGCAAGUGGCUACAGGAGCAGAACCAGCGGAACGACGAGGUCCUGGGCUGGCCAGAAUAUCAGUGGCGCCCACCAUUGCCCAACAACUACCCAGAAGGCAUUGACCUGGUAACUGAUGAGGCUGAGGCUAACAAGUUCGUGGAGGAAUAUGACCGGACAUCUCAGGUGGUGUGGAAUGAAUACUCCGAAGCCAACUGGAACUACAACACCAACAUCACUGCCGAAGCCAGCAAGGUCCUGCUGCAGAAGAACGUGGAAGUGGCCAACCAUACACUGAAGUAUGGCACCUGGGCCAAGCAGUUUGACGUUAGCAACUUCCAGAAUGCCACCACCAAACGGAUCAUAAAGAAAGUUCAAGACCUGGAUCGGGCAGCGCUCCCUACCCAGGAGCUGGAAGAGUAUAACCAGAUUCUGCUGAACAUGGAAACUACUUACAGCGUGGCCAACGUGUGCCAUACCAAUGGCACUUGUCUACAUUUGGAGCCUGAUCUGACAAAUGUGAUGGCCACUUCCCGGAAAUAUGAAGAACUGCUCUGGGUGUGGAAGAGCUGGCGAGACAAGGUGGGAAGAGCCAUCCUCCCUUUCUUCCCAAAGUAUGUGGCACUGAGUAACAAGGCUGCCCGGCUCAAUGGCUACAUGGAUGCAGGGGACUCAUGGAGAUCCAUGUAUGAGACGCCAUCCCUGGAGCAAGACCUGGAGAGGCUCUUCCAGGAGCUGCAGCCGCUCUACCUGAACCUGCAUGCCUAUGUGCGCCGUGCCCUGCACCGCCACUAUGGGCCUGAGUGCAUCAACCUGGAGGGUCCCAUUCCUGCCCAUCUGCUGGGGAACAUGUGGGCACAGACCUGGUCCAACAUCUAUGACUUGGUGGUGCCCUUCCCUUCAGCCCCCAAGAUGGAUGCCACAGAGGCCAUGAUAAAGCAGGGCUGGACACCCAGAAGGAUGUUUAAAGAAGCUGAUGAUUUCUUCAUCUCCCUGGGGUUGCUGCCUGUGCCCCCUGAGUUCUGGAACAAGUCAAUGCUGGAGAAGCCAACGGAUGGGCGUGAGGUGGUAUGCCAUGCCUCAGCCUGGGACUUCUACAAUGGCAAGGACUUCAGGAUCAAGCAGUGCACCACUGUGAACAUGGAGGAGCUGGUGGUGGCCCACCACGAAAUGGGCCACAUCCAGUAUUUCAUGCAGUACAAGGAUUUGCCCUUAGCCUUUCGGGAGGGUGCCAACCCUGGCUUUCACGAGGCCAUUGGGGACGUGCUGGCUCUCUCAGUGUCUACCCCCAAGCAUCUACACAGCCUCAACCUGCUGAGUAGUGAGGGCGGCAGCUAUGAGCACGACAUCAACUUUCUAAUGAAGAUGGCACUCGACAAGAUCGCCUUUAUUCCCUUCAGCUACCUCAUUGACCAGUGGCGCUGGAGGGUAUUUGAUGGAAGCAUCACCAAGGACAACUAUAAUCAGGAGUGGUGGAGCCUCAGGCUGAAGUACCAGGGUCUCUGCCCCCCAGUGCCCAGGUCCCAAGAUGACUUUGAUCCAGGAGCCAAGUUCCACGUUCCUUCAAGUGUACCUUAUAUCAGGUACUUUGUCAGCUUCAUUAUCCAGUUCCAGUUCCAUGAGGCACUGUGCCAGGCUGCUGGCCACCAGGGGCCACUGCAUAAAUGUGACAUCUACCAGUCCAAGGAAGCAGGGAAGCUCCUAGGGAACACCAUGAAGCUGGGCUUCAGUAAACCAUGGCCAGAAGCCAUGAAGGUGAUCACAGGUCAGCCCAACAUGUCAGCCCUGGCCAUGAUGAACUACUUCAAGCCACUGAUGGACUGGCUCACCACUGAAAACGGGCGGCAUGGGGAGAAGCUGGGCUGGCCGAAGUACAACUGGACACCAAACUCUGCUCGCUCAGAAAACUCCUUCUCAGACUCCGGCCGUGUCAACUUCUUGGGCAUGAAUCUGGAGCCACACCAGGCCCGCAUGGGUCAGUGGGUGCUGCUCUUCCUGGGCGUGGCCCUAUUGGUGGCCACCUUGGGCCUCACCCAACGGCUCUUCAGCAUCCGCCACCACAGUCUCCGCCAGCCCCAGUUUGGCUCUGAGGUGGAGCUGAGACACUCCUGAGAUGACCAACCUGGACUGGGCUGGCUGGGAAGUGUCCACAAGAGACUGGCAUGGGAAUAUGGUUGGUGGACCAAGAGUGUAUCCCAGCACACUUCUUCCUCCCACCCCACCCCACCCCUGUCCUCCAAGCCACCAGCCACUCCAACCCUGGCCUCUUUCUCUGGCACCCAGUUGCUUAACAUGGAGUUUUCUCCUAGUCUCUCUAUGAAUACAAUUAAAGAUCCUUCCCUCCCCAUCUGAGUCUGUGUCCCUGGUGGGGAAGCCAGAUUUAGGGGCAGGCUGUUCUCUCAUCUCCUGGAAGUCCAGCUGGUCCCUUUUCUGGGUUGCUUCCUCCAUCUUCCUCCAAGAAGAGCCUCAGAGAAUCCACAGAGAUCUUGCCCCAGUACACACACACACCCUGUCCACCCUCAGACUUGCCUUCUCACCAGCCCAGGCAGUUGGCUAGUGUCUGCCACAUUAAUUGGCCCCUGUCUGCCCGCAUACCCACCCACAAGUACUGUUGGAGGCUAGGGUGCUGGCCUCACAUGUUGUUGUGCUAUGGGGGUCUUUCCUGAUCAAUGCUGGCUCUCUGACCAGUCAUUCCUGUAAAUGGCCAGGUUCCCCAGAAGGAAGGCACCUGGAUGUUUGGCUGUGGGAAGGUGAGUGCCUUGAAUGAGCCUGACUUACUGAGAGUACAGAAUGGUCCAGUGGUUAUCUUGGGCUCUGUGUCCACUUGCCUAAGUGGACAUCCUUGGUUCCCAGACAGAACCACUUGAGUUCUGUGAAGUGAAAAAGACCCUGGACUGGAGCUGUUCCUCAGGAGUAGAGCAUCUGCCUAGCACAUGCCGAAGACCCCAGGUUUGAGCACCAGCCACACACAAACAGAAGAAUAGGCCCUAAAUGCUGGAGCGUGGCUGCAGCCAGUGCCCACAAAAGGUUAACUGCCAAAGGCUACCUGCUUCUCCUCCCCAGCACACACAUCCUCACUUUGAGUUGCCCCUUGGGAGACCCUUGUAUGGAUGUGGGGGAGUGUCAUUCUGAGGGACAUUUUUAUAACUUUUAUCUACAUGU